AUGGGGGACAGAAGCCCCUUCGAAACGGACAUGCUCACCCUGACCCGUUACGUUAUGGAAAAGGGGCGUCAGGCCAAAGGCACCGGGGAGCUCACACAGCUGCUGAACUCCAUGCUGACGGCCAUCAAAGCCAUCUCCUCGGCCGUGCGCAAGGCUGGCCUGGCCCACCUGUACGGAAUCGCGGGAAGCGUGAACGUGACAGGGGAUGAGGUGAAGAAACUGGACGUGUUAUCCAAUUCCCUGGUGAUCAACAUGCUCCAGUCCUCCUACAGCACCUGCGUCCUGGUCUCGGAAGAGAAUAAAGACGCACUUAUCACCGCCCAGGAGAAGAGGGGCAAAUACGUGGUCUGCUUUGACCCACUGGACGGAUCUUCGAACAUCGACUGCCUGGCCUCCAUUGGAACCAUCUUUGCCAUCUACAGAAAGACCUCAGAGGAUGAGCCUUCUGAAAAGGACGCCCUGCAGCCUGGCCGCAACAUUGUAGCCGCGGGCUAUGCACUCUAUGGAAGUGCAACACUGGUGGCUCUUUCCACUGGGCAAGGAGUGGACCUCUUCAUGCUUGACCCAGCUCUUGGUGAAUUUGUCCUGGUGGAAAAAGACGUCAAGAUUAAAAACAAAGGAAAGAUUUACAGCCUCAAUGAGGGCUAUGCCAAGUACUUUGACGCCGCCACUACAGAAUAUGUGCAGAAAAAGAAAUUUCCCGAGGAUGGCAGUGCUCCCUAUGGGGCCAGGUAUGUGGGCUCCAUGGUGGCUGACGUGCACCGCACCCUGGUCUAUGGAGGGAUCUUCCUGUACCCAGCGAACCAGAAAAAUCCGAAGGGCAAGCUCCGGCUCUUGUAUGAGUGCAAUCCUGUGGCCUACAUCAUCGAGCAGGCAGGAGGCAUGGCGACCACAGGCACCCAGCCUGUGCUGGACGUGAAGCCUGAGGCCAUUCACCAACGAGUCCCCCUCAUUCUAGGGUCCCCGGAUGACGUGCAGGAAUAUCUCACCUGUGUACAGAAAAACCAGGCAGGCAGGUAG